AUGCUAUUCGUGCGAUUAGGCUUAACAGUACAAGAUCCGUAUAAGAAAUGGCAAUUUUAUAUAUGGAAUGUAUGGCUAACUAUUUUAUUGUAUUCAUUAAAUUUAUCAAUUAAUAUAGGAUGGUGUACAAUAUGUACUCUACCUGAAAAUGAAUGGUUAAUUGUUAAUAGGGAUGGUAAUAAAUUAUUUCAAAUUACGAAUCAUGGACAAUUUAAGAUAAUAAAGGAUUAUGAUCAAACGAUUAAAAGUAUUGUCCACAUGAAUGAUAUGAAUUCUUUAGUUCGUCGAACACCUGAUAAAAUUGAAAUAUUUGAAAUGAAAUGA